AUGAGUCUUGAUCAAAGCGGCUCUCUCGCCCAAUCAAAAGUAGCAUUCGGCGCCGUCUAUAGCCUCGGAGUGUGUUUGCUCGAGAUUGGAGUGUGGAAGUCGUUUGUACAUACCGAAGAGGCUGGAUCAAGCCCUGCAAAGACACAGCCGUCAUCUUGGUUCCAGCAGCAUGCUAAGGGAAGAAGUUUCUACCGCAGCGCAUGGGAUCUAUGUGUACAAACAUUGUCAAGACUUGCCUAA